UUUCGCGAACAAAAACACAAAAAACAACUUGAAAUAAACAAUCAAAUGAAGUGAUUUUAGAAAAAAAAAAAUUAAAAAAUUCAGAAAAAAAUUAAAAAAUAGAAAAAAAUGCAUUUUUCGGUUCCUGACACGCAAGAAUUCGUCAAUGAUGCCACGGGAGCCUCAUACACAGGUUACAACAUUCACAUUAACGGCACGUUCCAUUGCUGCCUGCGAUACAAGCAACUGCACAAUUUGCACGAACAACUGAAACGUUCCUUGCCUUCUUUAGUACUUCCAAGUUUCCCGCCCAAAAAGUUAUUGCCGCUCUCCAAUAGUCAGUUAGAGAAUCGUCGUGCAGCGCUCGAGCGUUACAUCCAACUUCUCGGGCAGGAUCCAAUUUUCUCGAAAUCUGAACUGCUUCGAAUAUUCCUGCUAAAUGCGCAACAAGAAUCCUCGUUUGUCGAAGGACGCGAAACGAUUCUCGACGUUUACUUGCUCAAUGGAUACCGAAUUUCCGUGAAUGCCUAUACCACAGAAUGCUCAACGAAGGUCCUCGAGAAGGCGUGCAGUUUGAUUGACUUGCCAAAGGAAUAUGUUUACUACUUUUCGUUGUUUUUGAUGCGAAAGGAAAACGAUGGAGGCAUCACGUUGAUACGGAAAUUGAUGAAUUUUGAGGCGCCAUACAUUUCACAAAGACUGACUGAUGAUUGUAAAAUUAUUAUACGGAAAAAUUACUGGGACUCCAAUUACGAUUUGGAACUGAUGCGCGAUCGUAUCGCGUUGAAUCUUUUGUACAUCCAAACGGUAUCUGACAUCGAAAAAGGCUGGAUUGUAGCGUCGCACGACACAAAAGAGCAACUUUCCAACUUGCAAGCUCGCGGAAGCAAGAAAGAAUACCUUGACGUCGCCCGAAGUCUCCCUUCGUACGGUUGUCUUCAAUUUCUGCCCGCAAUUGUGGACUAUCCUGAACCAAAUACGCUCGCAACUGUCGUCAUUGGCAACCGUGAAUUGAGUUUACGCAUGGCGCACGGCAAAAAAAUCCAAGAAACCAAGUUCAAAGUUACUCGGAUGCGAUGUUGGAGGGUCACAACGAUCCAUAAUAAUGAAGAAUUAUCGUCAAAUUCCUCGAAUGACAGUGCAACAACGAACGGUCUCGAACUCUCUUUCGAAUAUUUAAUGUCUAAAAACUGCUUGAAGUGGAUUACGAUUACCAGUGAACAGGCAAUGCUCAUGUCUGUGUGCUUGCAAAGCAUGGUAGAUGAGUUACUAAACCAAAAAGUUGGCGGCGAUACGAACAAUAUUCAAACCAACUUUGGCAACAAUACAACCAUUUCUUACAUCAAACGUGACGGAUCUUACAACAGAAUCUCAGAAUCAAGUUCGACAGAUACCAUUUCCAGCAUGCAAGGCGACUCGAAUUCCAAUCAAAUCUUGCGAAAACCAAACACAAGUAAUCGGAAAUUCAUCAAAAAUCGCAUUUCAACGACAGUUUUAUUCCAACGCAACAAAGAAUCUGUGCACAAUGAGGCUUUCGAGGAAAUUGGCGACGACGAUCUUUGAGAUUCGUCUGUGAAGAUAUUCUUUAAUAACAACAAAUAACUUGAAAAUUUCGGAAAAUUUCUUCUCUUGUUCCAUAUUUUAUUAAUUAAUUAAUUAUUAUGUAACAUUUCAACAUAUAUAAAACAAAAAAUAUUCAAAAAUAUUAACAAAACUGUGACAAAUGUGAAUGAAAAGGAAAUCAAUAACCAUGAAAUUAAUAUUUUUUAUUAU